GCGCAUGCAUGCUUCGUAUCGGCUUUGGAGGGGCGUAGAAAGGAGGCCAUAUUGUACAGUUGAAUUGAAAGAACGAAAAUAAUUGUAUCGCCGUUGCGUUCGUUUGCUCACGUCCGCGCACCGCCCUUGGGUCGCCUCUAUUUUUGUCUCGUAUCGUUUUGCGCGACGGCGACAUUCGCCCGUGGUCGCGUGCCGCGACAGCUGACACAAGAACGACGUACGGGAGCCAAUCGGCGGCUCCUGUGUGGCCUCCUGUCUCUUUGUAUAUAAGCCAUACACAUCGCGCAGUAGUACGGUUCCGACAACCCUAGGGGUAUCCGACGUCGGCUUGUUGAAAGGUGCUUGUUGCUUGCUACGAUCGAGAUGGGCACUCGGGACGACGAGUACGAUUAUUUAUUUAAAGUUGUUCUUAUUGGAGAUUCUGGAGUAGGGAAAAGUAACCUUUUAUCCCGAUUUACGAGAAAUGAGUUCAACUUGGAAUCAAAGUCUACUAUCGGAGUCGAAUUUGCAACGCGUAGUAUACAAGUAGACGGUAAAACUAUUAAAGCUCAAAUUUGGGAUACAGCUGGACAAGAGCGUUAUCGUGCGAUCACUUCUGCAUAUUAUCGCGGAGCAGUCGGUGCACUACUUGUGUACGAUAUUGCGAAACACCUGACGUAUGAAAAUGUAGAAAGAUGGUUACGAGAAUUACGGGACCACGCUGAUCAGAAUAUUGUGAUCAUGUUAGUGGGAAAUAAGUCAGAUUUAAGGCAUUUGCGUGCUGUUCCAACUGACGAGGCUAAGGCGUUUGCCGAAAGAAAUGGCUUGUCUUUCAUUGAAACAUCUGCUUUAGAUUCUACUAACGUUGAAACAGCAUUUCAAAAUAUAUUAACAGAAAUAUACAGAAUCGUAUCGCAAAAACAGAUACGAGAUCCACCUGAAGGUGAUACAAUCCGGCCACACAAUGUAGAACAAAUUGAAGUCAAACCAACGAUGAAUGCUGAGGGAAUGCGUAAGCAGUGCUGCCAGUGACUCAUCUUGUUGCUUAUUAAAAUAAGCAGUCAUAUGGAGGAGAGAAAAGUGGAGGUACUAGCUGAUGGUAGAUAUAACAGGUGCAUAACAGAACAAGAGUUGAGAUUACGUGCGCAAGCAUGUAAUCUUACAUGCUAGAGGAGGUUUCAUUCUACCAUCCUUGCGAGAGAGAGGACAUCCAAUCAAUUCAUAUGAGAGUAUGCAUUACAUAUUUGUGAAAAUAAUCAAGUAAGGAUAAACGUGAAAAAAAUUGUAUAAUGCUAUAAGCGCGAAUACAAAUGUACCAGUCUUUGUUCGCAAAAAAAUCAUCUUUA